AUGGAUACGCCCACGGAGGACGUAGACGGACAGAUUGAAGGUCUUUCCCGAGAUGAACAUGUGCUAAAAAGCAUUGCGGAAUUCAUCAGCCGCCCUUCCGAGAAAUCCUCUUUACGCAUCCUACACAUCUAUUCCCUUCGCAUCUCUGGCAACCUACAGUUAAUGGAGGUGUUGAAGGCAGUCCCCAGUCUUCACACUCUCGACCGUUGUAAUGUUGCAGUUGGAGAUGAUGAUGUUUUGGGAUCUCUUUCCAGCAUCGUCAGCGGGGCACCUCCCGUCUGCCUCGGUCCAUCACCGACUAACAUCGUUUGGCCAGUUCCACCCGAAGAUCGUCCCGAUUUGUCCAUCACUCCAAGUUCUCAAGCUUUUGCAGGUUCAUGA